AUGGGACAGAAACCAUCGUUGAAUGAAACUUUGCAUCAAUGUGUGUAUGGACGUGAUAAGGAGGGUGUUGCACAAAUUUUCCGAGAUCAUGCAUCCGAUAUAAACUCCUCUGUUCUUGAUGACAAGAUUUACUAUCAACUUAUCCUUCAGCAAUGGGACUCGGAUACUUUGUGUAGAUUUGCUAAACUUGCUAAUGAUGAUCAAUUGGCUAUACUUAUCGCAGGAGCCGUUUUACACAGUCAUGUGGUGCCGUUAGCACCUCUUUUUGAGUUAAUGCGAGAUCGUGAACGCACGAUAGAGCAACAUCAAUUAAAACAUUUGUUUCUUGCGGUGUGUGAACGGGAGAAUAUGGAUGCCGUUCGUGUUUUUAUCGAUAAUAAAUGUUAUGAUCCCUCUGAUGCUCGUCCUAUUCGUGCGGUUGUACGUGCACAGCUGAAUAAAUCUAGGGUGAAUGAAGAGUUGCUAGAGAUGAUAUUGUCGGCUCACCCUCAACAAAUAGAUAAUGUUCAGAGUAUCCGUACAAAAUACCUUUCUGAUGCUAAAAAUGAUGAGGUUCGUAAAGUUAUUGAUAAUCAUUUGUUUAAGUACGUACCAUAA